AUGGCCAGGUAUAGGCCUAUUGCUCCAAAGCCUGAAUCCUCAGCAGCCACCAAUAAUGGGGCAGAUAGCAAUUCUUCCUUCCCUGAGGGCAUCAGGAGGUCUCCUUACCUGAUGAAUGUUUGGGCUCAUUUGCAGGCGAGGCCUACAAGGACAAGAAAGAGAGGGAGAACUGCCUUUGCACCACCUUUCAUGAAAAGAACGAGGACUUGUCUUCAGGUCCUUUCUCCUUCUUAUCAGGCAUCACCUUCCCCUGCCAAAACCUUAGCUUUACAAGGUUUUAUCCGUAACCCAUGUGGGCUUCCCCAGCUUCCCCUGAUUCCAAACCUUGUCCCCCUCAAAUGCGGGUUGGACACUCCUGUGACCACCCCAUCCAACGCUGUCUCGCUCCCGCUUUUGCCAUGCACCGCACCACUUUCUCUCCCAGCCAGGGUUGUUGGUGGUGAUAAUCAAGGGGUGAUAGAUUUGAACAAGGCGGCUGAUUCCCCUGAAGAGGUGGAUUUCAUGCCCCAGUUGGGUGCUUCUGGUGCCUCCACCACCAAAUUUGCUGUUAUUGCACCUCAGGCCAUCAGGCCUGUCGCCUCCAGCAUUAGUGUGGGACGCAUCUCUGAAGAUCCUUUGGCUCCAAAUGCAGGUAAACAAAUUGUUAAGAGGGCGGAAGAAGUGGAGAAAGAAGUGGAAUCUGAGGUUUUGCCUGCGAUCGUUUCGGACUCGAAGAAUAGAGUCCGGCUGACAAAUGCGGCCUAUAAUGAAAUGGUGGGGCAACCGGAGUGUCCUUGGCUUGAUUUCACGCCAUCUGGCGGUGGCGGAGGAGGUGCAUGCAGGAGGAUUGGUGGGGAGGUGGUGCUUGAUUUUGUGAAUUCUGGCUUACCAAAGACGUUAAAUGGUUUCACUUCUUGGGUGAGGAUUGAGUGGGGGAAAGAUGGCAAGAAAAAAGUGGCGAAUGCUUUCGGUGAAGCUACAAGGUUGGCUUGUGAGUCUAAGGACUACCUGUUCGUGUGGAGGUUUCACCUACGAGUGGGCAUCUGA